GAUGCGAUUUGGCAGUUUGCAGUUCAUCAAGACAUGAUCUGUCCAAGAGAAUAAUUAUUAACUCUGUCGUCAUCACAAAACAGGAAAAUAGGGAAGGCUGGUUUUCUAUACUGAUAUUCUUCGUAGCUGGCCUCCAGCAGGUCAUUCUCAAUGGAGCUAUACCAGCGGGCGAAUUCAGCAUCAUUCUCAACCUCUUUCACGGAGGCCCCCAGCACAUCGCCCGCUCCCAUGGCAGCGGGUGAAGCUGGGGCGCCAGGAUGCCGGUGUUGAUUGUCAGGUUGAAACGUCAUAGUGAAGCAUAAUUAUUUGAUUGCCGGCCGGGCUAGCACAUUGCUGCUCCACUGCCGUAGUUUAGACAGCUUCUACAAGUUAAGAAGCCUGUAGGAUCGUGGAGGAAUGCGGAGUAUAUUAGCUGCCUGGUGAACUGAACACCAAGCUGCCAAGUUCCCAUGAACUUGGUUUCCUCAAUAUGAUGGUUCGUGAUUCUGCCGGCGCGGGCCGCCAGCACUAAGUCAAAUUAGGUAAGCUAUGUCCCGCGUCGCAAUCCCCGGACUCCACGAUUUGCAUCCGGUUAUCGCAAAGCCCAUAAAACCCCGGUCAUCACUCGAUGGAUGGGGAAGCAUCCGGAAAACACGCAUAAUGUCGUUUACUCGAGGGAGUAAGCGACUUGCCUCGCAGCGCUUUUCGGCCCUGUCUAAAAGAUCGCCUCUUUUUGCCCCACGAUUACGCCCUUACUCUACCGCCGGGCCUCUGCAGUCCCAGAAAGAGCCUCGGGUGCCACCACGUAUUCGUUCUUACAUUGCCGUGGCAGGGUUGACGGCUGUUAUAUCCUUUGGAUAUUACUACAUCAGGGAUAGACCGGGAAGUCUUGGAGAAAAAUCGCGGUAUCUACAACCAGAACUCAUUGUGCAGGAGGCCAAGACCAGGCAGAAUCUAUCAGCGGAGGAAAACCGGGAGUCACUAAGCCCCCAGCAUGUCCAGGUGAAGAGGAGUUGGGAGCGGCCAGGGCUGUAUGCAUGGGGUUCGAAUACAGGGUUAGUCGCAAACCCGGACUCUAAUGAAUUCGUCGUGAAGACCCCAAGAAGAAUACCAUACUUCGAUGGUAUGGUUCUUCGUGAUGUUAAGCUUGAUCAGAAUUUUGGUGCCGCCAUUACGGAAAACGGAGAUUUGAUCCAAUGGGGCAAAGGCUAUUCGAAAACAGAUUACAAACCAACGAAGACACUCAAGGGCAAAAAUCUCGUGUCACUUUGUAUUUCGUCAAACAGGAUCAUUGCGCUAUCCUCCGGCGGAAACGUUUAUUCACUCCCCGUAUCAAAAUCCGAUCAAGAGAAUGGGUUGAAACCUUCCGAAAACUCCUGGAUUCCAUUCUGGCGAACGCGCGCUGAAUUGAGUUAUCGCCCUCUGCAACCCCAGCUUGGGUUGGGCGAAAAGGUUACCGCGAUCUGUGGCGGCCUCGAACAUGUACUUUUAUUAACGACUUCUGGACGUAUAUUUUCUGCUGCUAUCGGCACGGAACAUUUUCCUUCCCGCGGUCAACUCGGAAUUCCUGGCCUGACGUGGAACAAUCGGCCUAAGGGACCAUAUGACUUGUGUCAUGAAGUUAGCGAGUUGCGCGGGGUCCGGAUUACAAAUAUCGCAGCUGGAGAUUACCAUUCUCUGGCGCUUGAUAAAGCUGGACAAGUCUUCGUGUUCGGCGACAAUGCUUCGGGUCAGCUAGGGCUACAAACCAAUGUCGCCUCUUCUUCCAUUGAUACCCCAACAAUGCUUCCUCUCGGCAAUCUCUACCCCGCCGAUGGCUAUGAAGUUAAAGCAUCAAGUAUUGCUGCCGGAGGCACAAACAGCUUUUUCACCGUCAGCGCCAAAAGGAUACUUAGCCCGAUGGAAGUUCGGACCACCGUUAGGGACCUUGGCCGAGUCACAACGGAUGUCUGGAGCUGCGGGAAAGGGUUGUUUGGUGCCCUUGGGACUGGGAAGUGGACUCAUGCCCAAGACAAACCUACAAAAAUAAAGACUCUUAGUGGCUUGUUUGAGUACAGCGAUACCGCGCAAAAGGUUGUCCCCAUAGGGAUAAGCCGUAUUUCUGUCGGAGCAACCCAUGCCGCUGCUGUACUGGGAAACUUAACCAAUGUUUCUGCUUCGAAGGACGGCCCCCAAACAGACACCAAUUGGGGCUCAGACGUUUUCUGGUGGGGUGGGAAUGAAUUCUAUCAAUUAGGCACGGGGAAGAGAAAUAAUGUUGCGUCCCCCACGCACAUCCGCCCUCCUGCCGAUGUUGUUCCCCGCGAACAUCAGCGAGAGGACAGUAGACUCCAAAUUACGCCUCGCCGCACUGUUCAAUUGGAUGGGAGAACAGUGAGCCUGGAGCAGCGAGUCGAGUGCGGGAGAUAUGUCACUGCAGUGUAUUCUGGUGUUUGAUCAACUUUAAUUGCUGUUGUGCUAUGAAGCGAAAUUUAUCCUGUAAUAUAUUGUCUGUACAGACCCCGAUAUGAGAUAUGAGAGGUAGGUUAGCUAAUUUAACUCUAUUCAAUCACUAUGUUUUUGCGAUAGUACAUGUAUUUACUCCGAGUUGAUAUUCUGAAGCCCUUUCAUCACAUAGGUCUGAUCUUGUUGAGCUUACCCUUUUCCCGCUUGAUUUGAUCUCAUGUUUGCAUUGUUAGUGUAGGCUGCUGGGGCAAAAGAGCUCGAUCACCACCAGCGCACUGCUGGUAGAAGGGCCGACCAACCGCGGGACCCCCAACAGUUAGUACAGGUUAUGAGACCGUUAAGCGUGAGCCCCGCUGUGGUCAACAUGCAUGGGUUCGAUCCCAGAAUGGACUUAAAAAUUCCUAACAAAUACCCUGGACAUUUUAACAGUGCCAAGAGACAUCCCAGGAGUGUGCCCUAGAAGUCCCGUGAGCCCUAGGACUGACUGAGUCCAUUAUUAAAAAGGAGCCAUUGUGGGGAGACCACUGAAGGGAGCCACUGAGGGGAAGUACUGUACUCUGUGGUAGCUGGUCCGAGGGGGGGUGUUGG